AUGGCGAUCAUUCCCCCUCCCAGCCCGGCACGAAAACGCCGUUUAGAGUCCGGCCAUUUGGUGUUUCGUCUUCUAAGUACCCGAUCGCAAAGCGACAGGCACAGCCGGAUGGGACGAGCGUUUACAGGAAUGGGAAGAAGACGAGUGUGGUUGCUAUCGUCUGUUAUCGUAAAAUGA